AGAGUUCAUGGGCGGCGGGGACACAACUUCACUUUUCAUUAAAGGCUAUCAUGCUACGGGAGUAAUGCGCCUGCAUCAGGACCACGGAGCUAAUACUGACGUUCGAACCAGAGAUGGCAACACCGGGGCGGAUUUUCUUCAGUAUCAUUUUACGCAUCUCAGUGCCACGGCCACAGCCGCGUGUUCAAAGCCCUGUGAAGACCCCGGCCAUACAAACUCGACCAGACGCCCCUUCCCCCAUAAUCAAGAUUUCUAUAGACCAGUGCACCCUAUUCGACCCCAAGCCCCCUCCUUCCAAAGCUGCGAACAGGGUCUUUCCAGAACGGGCUGCUCGCCUUCCUCAGACACUUUGAGAACUUUCUCCGGUGCGCACUGUGGCCCAGUCAACACACACCUCGAUGGCCCAAGACAUCAUCAAGCAGUUGAGGACAAUAGCAGAUACGAGACUCUAAACACGUUAAAUGAGACAUGCCAAAGCGGAAAGACAUUCGAUUGGAUGAGAGUGAGGAGGAAUCAGCCACGUGCAGUCAAGACACAUUUGGUGAUAUGCUCGGACCCGGAGCCGAAGGCGGACCACGCACGAGAUCCUGAUGAGAACUGCGCGAGCGGACAGACUGUCAGCGGACUCACGCGAACCAAUUUUACCACCAAACAACUCACAGAACUAGAGAAGGAAUUUCAUUUCAACAAAUAUCUGACUCGUGCCAGACGGGUGGAAGUGGCCAACACUCUCCAUCUAAACGAAACUCAAGUAAAGAUCUGGUUUCAAAACAGACGCAUGAAACAGAAGAAACUUCUACGUGAGGGCCUAGUUCCAGGAUUUCUGGUGAUUUCUGGUUGUGAUGAGGAUCUCCUCUGAAAAAACAAGAUUGUUGGGACUGGACACUCACCUGCAUAUUAUGAAGCGAGUAAACAUUUUCAUAAGAGUGACAAUUCUAAAAACGAUCACAAAUAUUAUUUCACUCCGCAAAUUAAAGAUGCCCAAAAUUAUUUUCAAGCUUAGGAAAUUAAAAUAUUAACGAUUCUACAACAAUGGAAAUAUAUAUAUAAGGGAAAUUCGCUCACCUGUUGAGGCCAGAUGAUUAAAAUGGUUUCAUCGAAAUGCACUUUAACUUUUUCAGGACUUAAAACUAUAAAUAAUUGUUUUAUUGCCAUAAACGUAAUUAUAAUCAUAUCACGUUGAACCUGCUACUGUUAUUAAAGAUCAGAAAAAAGCGAAGACCAAGCGAAUUAAGAUCAGUGUUGUAUCUUACAGGCCAUAAUCAUCGUCUUUUUUCAAAUUUGGUAACCUGCAAAUAAGUACUUGAUUUCCUAGAAACUGAAUUUCUGAAUGCACCCUUAAUUUAAAAACGAUAAAAUACAAUCUGAAAGUAACCUAUUUUUAGACAA